AGGGGGUUCGGGUUAGUAUGAUUCGACGGAGACGUGAUGGCUGACAAUGAGUUUCCAGAGGUAGAAGACAAGAAGGCGGGAAGCCUGUACUCCAAGACUGACCUGGUCAAGGUGGUAUCGGAGUUCUUUAAUGAUGCGAUUCCCCGAAUGGGCUUUCAGGAGGAUCACUUCUGGACCAACAUCCGGAUCAUGCUUUGCAUCAUUUGCUGUUCCUUUGGAUGCUACGCGCAGUUUGGCCUCAAGUUUCCCAAGGAUAGGAUCUACAUAGGCAUUUGCGUGGCUGGCUACUUCCUUUUUACGGGACUGGUCCAAUUGAUAGACAUGCUGGUCAUCAAGACUUCAGUGAUUUGCCUCAAAGUCAACGGCAAGACUGUGUUCGUUGAUGUCACAAUGCUGCCCUUCUCGCACGAGAUGGAGAUCGGAUUGAGGACAGAGAUUGGCCUGAAGAAGCAAGCAGUUGUCUCGCACAAGACUUCCGUCGGUAGCUACUUUGACAGCGAUGGGUACAUUGGUCAAGAAGAGAUCUUGACAGAAUUCCUGAAGCUGGUCGACCGAUUUCGAUCAGCUUCUUCGGGUAAAUCUACGAAAGGUUCUUGAGCUUCGGUGAGGGGCCACGAUGCGCAGUGCUUUAGGCAUUCCCAAUUGGUGUCACAACCACCAAGACCACCGCAGCGCGCGGAAGCUUCAGACCGGAAAUGAGUCGGUGCAGAA